CUAAAAUAAAAAAAUUAACAAUUAAAAGUAAUAUAUAAUAAAAGAUAAAAUUGAAUGGAAUAUUCCAUGCAAUUUACAAAUUGUUUCAAAAACAAAAAUAUUUCUGGUGAGUCCUUUUAGAAAAAAAAUCGUAUAAAUGAAAUGCAAAUUUAAUUUUUUGCGUUGCAUUUUUAUUUGCAACGUGAAUAUAAACGGUAAAGUAAUAUUUGCUAUAAAAAUAUUAAUAUAACCUAGCGUGCCUGCAAAAAUCUUUUCAUCCUAAACGUAUGUGCUUUUAUUCUUCUUUUAUAUUGUUAUGUUCAAGGAUGUUCCGUUUUUUAGUAAGUAAAAUAACUGACAUGGUUAUCUAAAUCGUAUGGAAUGAUUUACUUUGACAUUGUUAAGUUUAGGUAUCCAAAUAAAUAUUUUAAUGUAAUAUAAAAAGAUGUAUUUAAAACCAUAUGUGUCGAUCAAGAUGUUUCGACAAAGACAAUAAUGUUUAAAAAUAUGUUUAAUGUAUUGUUAGUUUAUAAAAAUUUAAUUUUAUGUAACAUUAAAUUUAUUUAAGCUUUCGAAAAGACAUGUACAUACACAUCUAGAUAUCUUUUUGAAUAGUUUUAUUCAAUAUUUGGAUAAUCAUGUAUUUCACAAGCAAUAUUUCAGGCCUAAUUUUAAAUAUUUAUCAUUAGUUUUCAAUCUGCUCGAACAAAACCGUCAGAUUUCAACUCUGAUAUUUGGAAGCAGUUCCUUUUUGAGUGCAUCUUCAUUUGUUUCGCAUUUACAACCGAUUUUGUCACUUAUAUACAAAAUGAAGAGGCGCUUGGAUUAAAAAAAAUUAGAAUUAUACACACAAAAUGUACCAUUAUGAAUGUUUUUGUUAUUCUAUUCAAUUACCUAAAAGCACACAUUUUUGAUAAAAUAUAAGUGCAAGACUCAUUUUUAUUUAAAAAAUAACACAUACAUAAACAUAGUUUAUUAAAGAGUAAUUUACGAAAAAUGUGUUCUACAGAUAUUUCAUAAUUUACAUAAAAUUGGUGCUUGCACUUGUAACAGUUAAAUAUUUUUUAUUAUAAAUAUAUUUAAAAUGUCAUUAAAUAUACAUAACAUAUAUAAAAUUCUGUACAUUAUAUACUUACUAUUGUAUACAUAGAAAAUAUAAAAAUGUACGUAAAUGUGAAGAGUCGAUACUUUGUAGCCAUAUAUAAAACUUUUUAUUUUAAUGUUAUGUUAAUUAAUUUUUAGUCAUACUGUUAUAUUUUAUGUAUGGAGAUAAAGUCAUAUAUUCAAGUUAUAUAGAAACAUGAAAAAUAUAAUGCAUAAUGGGUACAUAUCGAUUAUAAAUAAAAGAGAAAUGCGUCAGUUGUGUUUUUUUCUUGUGUCCCCUAUUCCAUUAAUUAUAGUUUUUCACCUAUUUAUUAAUUCAUUGAAAUAAACAAAGGAACAAAUGAAUGUUAAGGUUGCCAAUUGAUUUUCAAUCAUUUUAUUUACUUAGUUAAUUUCAGUUCUAUAAUAUGUUCACAAUAUUGCAGUCUUCUUGAAGAUUAAACGGAUUUAUUUACAUUCAUUGAAAAAUAGUAACCUUAUAGUAAUAGUAACCUAUUACUGCCAGAAAAGCGUGAGUGUAAAAGAGCACUAGGGAGUAUUUGUGAGAAAGAACUUGCAAAUCAGCAAGAAGAAAGACAUAACAAAGAUAUUGCGGCAAGAAAGAUGACAAUGGAAAAUUACUAUAUCAGACUUUCUUCCUAUAAUAAAGUGCAAUUUUUAACAAGACUAAUAAAAAAAAUGGUCAAUAAUGUAUCAAUUUCGGAUCUUGUGGGUACGAUCUAUGCUAUGGCUAGUAAAUUGGCUCAAUAUUUAAAAGUCAGUCCUCAAACCAAUUACAUAUAUGACAAAAUAUUAAAUGAUCAUAACAGAAGCAUCGAACCGACAGUCAACCAAAUGGCAAUAAUGAACGACGUGGUUUGGUUUACUGAAUUAAAAAGCACGGAACAAUUUAAGUUAAUGCUAUCUUUAUUGGAAGUAAGUGGACCUGCAACAGUGAGGUAUAUAUAUCCUUUACUUGUAAAACAACAAGUUUUAACUCAUGACAUAGACACAACCAGAGAGGAAGAUAAAAGCCCCUUUAGCAAGCAGUAUCCAAAUGUAGAUGCAGUUCUGGAAAAAGAAAAUAAAAUAUUUCAUGAUAGUACUCCAGAAAAUGCUAAAGUAAUUGAAUUUAGAAGCAAUUGGAAAAUAAUGAUGGCCGACUAUAAAAAAAAAGUGGUGCAAGAGAAAGAUCGACUUGAGAAGAAAGCUAAUAGUAUGCUUUACAGCCGUAAACAAGAAAACGCUGCUAAAGACAUCAAAGGUGGUGCUAAGGGCAAAUCCAAAGAUAACAAAAAGGAUAAAAAGAGUAAAAGUAAAUCAUCGAAGAAAUCCUCCAGCAAAACAGGAGAAGCAGAUAAAAUCAUCGAUCGAAUUCAAUUAUUGCCGAUAUGGAUUGCGAAAAAAUUAUUUAAUUAUUUUGAUGAUAAGACAUUGAAGAAAUUACGGAAUGUUAACUCAUAUUGGGACUACGUUGCGCAAGAAGUUUUAAAGGAAAGGAAAUUGAGAAAACAACUAAUUAAACUUAAUGAAAAAGCAUUGCGUUCUCUUGAUGCGGAAUUUAUAACAAGGAAAGAUGCACAGAUAAGAAAAAAAUGGCCUAAGAAAAAACCGUAUCAUAUUUUGGGACGAAGGGUGUAUAAAGGAGACCAAAGGGGAGCCAUAAUAGAAUCAUUAAGGCCUGACUUCUUGAACGCACAAGAAGUGAUUGAAUCAUCUAUUUUCUCAUCCACAUUGAAAAAUGUUCUACCAGAUUUGGAAGAUCCACCUAUCGACAAAUUCAUGACAUACCCGAGAAUUCCUGCCACUGGUGAGCUGUAUAAAAAUGCUCCAUGUGAUGAACUGUUCGAAGAAGAAUUACACAAACAUGAAAUAGAUGAGAAACCUAGAGUGGAAAGAGUAUAUUCUCUGUCUAUAGCCAGUUUCGAUCUUGGACUAGAUAUUGAAAACACUGCGGUUGUUGAAGACUGGUAAUAUUUUAUUAUUUCGCCAUUUGUUUAAAAAAUAUUUCUAUACUGUAAAUAAUAAUAAUUG